UUUGUGGUGUUCUGCUUCAGUUCGGCUAUACGCCACUAACUCCGUGGCUUCGCGCACAGGCCUAGCACCUCGUUACUCAACGCGCUGCUUCAGACUCACCACCGCCUCACCGCAUAGUCAUCGUUCAACAUGGACGACAUCACAGAGGCCAAGUUAACCGACUCAUUUGACGAGCUCGUCUCAGAAGGUGUAAUUGUUUACGGUCCUAAUGAGACUAUCAAAUUCGAGUACGAAGGCUACCCGAUGGAGUUUCGGAUCUGCCCAGCACUAGCAACCAAACCUCACACCGUAGGCGCCACGAACCAUGCCUUUGACCAAUCACGAAAAUGGGGUCCUGGGAGCGACAUGUUCUGUCCAGACGAGCGACUCAUUAUCACGCAGCUCAACGGCACGCACGACCUAGCACUUAAUCUCUUCUGCGUCGACCGGCCGCAACUACUCAUGUUGACUCUGGACUCCUACAAACGUCAGCACGAAGCUCUUGACCUAGAUGACUUUGAGGUCAUGCUGGAAGUGUUACGAAAACUUCCAAAAUUCUAUGUCAUCUUUAACUGUGGGGAGAAGGGUGGAUGCAGCAGGAUACACAAGCACCUCCAGGGUCUGAGAGGGCCGCCACAUGCUUUCGACUACAUCAUGUCUUCUCUCACCAACGCAUCGAACAAGGUACCUUUCCAGUUCUUUGUCCAUGAAUUCAGUCAUGGAUUCAUGAAUACGGCCGCUUCGACUGUUCUUGAUGUGUAUAAGACACUCAUUGCGCGGUGCCGCUUGCUCAUGGGUACAUGUGAAAAGGAAACACCUCCCCAUAAUGUCAUCAUGUGGGCCGAUCGUCUCGUGGUUGUUCCACGUCGCAAGGGAAGCACAGAGGGAGCGAGCGCGAAUGCUGGAGGCAUGCUAGGAAGCGUAUGGAUAACGGGACAAGAGCAUGUGGACAAGUGGUUGAGGAUCGGCUACGCGAAUGUGCUGAGAGAGCUGGGUGUUCCAAGUCGCUGAGAAAACGCCGUGGUGCUGUUCGUAUUUCACGCAUACGAGCAAGUUGUUAUUGAGGCGCAUCCAGGCUGGUCAAUCUCCAUCCUCCUUCCCAUCCAGGCACUCGCUUCGCCAAGGUACUCGCCAAACUGCAGCACGUCAACAUGCUAACAAGCACCACGUGAUCACGUUCCUGGCAUUGCCUAGACUUUGUAUUUGGCCUAUCUCGUAGCCAAGACAAGCCAGCGUAGUCUCCGAAACCCGCACCUGCCUAAUGCGACAAGCUCAAAGCCUCCGCACCAAUCACACUCUCCUACCCACGUCGUCCAGAGGACAUGCCAAGUGAUGCUGUAUAUUAAACCGCCGUCCAGAUCCUGAUGUGGAGUUCCGAGUUCCUUGUACUGCUAGGCUCCCGCGCUUGCAUCAUCUACGUUGAGCUCCUUCGAGUGUACAUCUCCCGUGCUUGCAGGAGAUCAGCCAGGAGUACGGGGUGAGUACCUGCCUAAUC